AUGAUCGCCGCCAAAGAUCUAAAGCACAACCUUACGGAGGAGAAGCAGAAGAAGGAACAGUCAAAUGGCCACAGGGCGCCUGUCUCGAGAGGUCCCUCGCCCAAUCGUGGCGCCUCCGUCCCCGACACGCAAGCCAUCGGCCCUGACAGAGAAGACAAAGAGACCUGGCGGCAACGCCACGGUAUCUCACGCUCAUCGCAAGUCAAGCUCACCAAACUCGCUCACAUGCGCUACCAACACCCCGACCUGAACGUGAUCACUACCUUCCUUCGCGACUUCGGCAUGCACGUCGUGAAGAAGACGCCCACUCAACGCUGGUACGCCGGCUACGGACCGGACCAGUACGUCUACUACGCUCAGGAAGGCCCUCCGAAGUACCUCGGCGGCACCUUCGAAGUCGAAUCAACAGCCGAGCUCGAGAAGAUCACGAAACUCCCCAACUGCACAGUCCUGAACGAUGGCAUCCAAGAGAUGACCGACGCGCCCGGCGGCGGCCAAAUCCUGUCGAUCCUCGAUCCCGAAGGCUUCCCCGUGAACUUCAUCUACGGCCAAACCCCAGCGUCUCACGACAUACCGAAACCCGCCAAACUCCUCCACAACGACGAGUCCGACAAGCCCAGACAACGCGCCUUCCAACGCUUCGAGCCCGGUCCAGCAGCCGUGCACAAGUUGGGCCACUUUGGCUUGAACGUAGAGGAUUUCCCCGCCCAGAUGGCCUGGUAUACCAAGCACUUCAACAUCUGCCCAUCCGACAUCCUCUACAUCAACCUUGACGGCCAGACAGACGAUCAGGGCCACCCGAGGAGGAAAGAAGUCGCGCUGUUCGCGCAUAUCGAUCGCGGCGAGGAUCUGGUGGAUCACCAUACUAUGUUCUUGACCACAUUGACGCCGGGUGUGGAGAAGCACGUCCAUCACUGCAGUUUCGAAGUGCAUGAUUUCGACACGCAGGCGUUGGGCCAUCAAUGGCUGGCAGGCAAGGGAUAUGAGCCGGUCUGGGGUGUUGGCAGGCAUAUUCUUGGAAGCCAGAUUUUUGAUUAUUGGUGGGACCCUAACAAGUUCAUGGUAGAGCACUACGCGGAUGGUGAUUUGGUGAAUCAGAACACGCCGAUGGGCUAUGGCCCAGCCGGGCACGAGGGUCUUGCUGUUUGGGGACCUGAUGUGCCGAAGGAGUUCCUCGAGUAA